GACAAGAGAGAGAGAGAAAGAUAGGUCGAGCGUGAGUGCGCGUAUAAGCGAGCGCGAGAGAGAGAGAUAGAUAGAGCACACAGUCUCGUCUCGUUUCGUCUCGUCUCGUCUCGUCUCGUCUCGUUUCGUCUCGUCUCGUCUCGUCUCGUCUCGUCUCGUCCCGUCUCGUCCCGUUUCGUCUCGUCUCGUCUCGUCUCGUCUCUUCUCGUCCCGUCUCGUCUCGUCUCGUUUUGUCGUAACCAUCGGUCGUAACUAUCGGUCGUAAGCAACGACGCACGCACGCACGCAUUCACGCACGACUUACGCACGGCCGACGAACGAAGGGGGGCCACGAGGGCCCCGUUUGAAAUCGUGGAGGCAGCGAAAGAUGGAGUGCCCGCACCUAGCUCAGAGCGUCCGACUCGGUGCUAACGACGUUGAAACGACCUGCACGAAGGAUUUGCCGUUCGUCUGCGCAGUAUGCGGUACAGAGAAAAGUACGUGGCUCUGUUUGCAUUGCGGAGCGGUGCAUUGUGGAAGGUACGUGGCCGGGCACGCGUUGCAGCAUCACGAGAAGAAUACUCAGCACUGCGUGUGCAUCGAUUGUGAGAACCUUUCGGUCUUCUGUUACACGUGCGAUGAGUACGUGAUAAACGACACGACGAGCGGGCAGAUAGAAAAGAUACGUCAGAUAAUCUUUCGGAAGGAUGAACACAAGGAGAACGACGAGAGUUGGAGUACAACGCCGGCGACGACGCCGUCGUCUAGACGAGAGAGCAGCGAGGAUAACGACGCCGAUGCACUUUGGAAGGCCGAAGUGGUCGUGAGAAAUUUACGACCGAGAACGGCAAGGAAGAGGUUGCAUUCGUUAGACGGCACUAGCGGGGACAACAGGCCAGCGACGAAGCGUAGAAGCUCCAAGAUAACCAAAGAGAAGAAGGUCGUCGGCCUGAGAAAUCUCGGCAACACUUGUUUCAUGAACGUCGUACUCCAAUCGUUCAACAACAUCAGCCACUUUUGCGAAUACCUCACGCAAAUGCCGUGCCUCGAGGGUAUAGCUUUCGAUCCGUCGGAACCACCGACUCACAGAGGUCGCAUCGUUACACCGGGAAGAGCGAAGGAACUUAUGAGCGAUGCCCUUCUUGCCGAAGAACUACGAAAGGUCCUUCUCAGUUUGAGCCUCGGUGGUUCCAACGGUCAAGCCAUCUCCCCGGAGUGUCUCUUCCUCGUCAUAUGGAAGGUCGUGCCACGAUUCAGGGGUUAUCAACAACAGGACGCUCACGAGUUUCUCACCUACAUGCUCGAUAGAUUGCACACAGAGUUGUUGCAACUAUUACCUAGGCUCGGACACGAGCCUCUUGGUUUACGCGGAAAGCAGAGCAUCGUCACCGCCGUUUUUGGAGGCACUCUCCUCAGCGUGGUCCACUGCAUGAACUGCCGCACGGACUCGAAGACGCACGAACCCUUCCAGGAUCUCUCGUUGGAUAUACCGGACAGGCUGCAAAGACGUACGAAGGAACAGGAAGAGGUCUGUAGUCUUACCUACAGUCUCACGAGAUUCUUCAAGGUCGAGGAGCUGGCCGACAGCGAGUUAUACUUUUGCGACAAUUGCAUGGGGAAACAACGGUCCACCAAGAGGUUCUGGAUACAUAGGCUGCCUAACGUGUUGUGCCUUCACAUUAAAAGAUUUAGGUGGUGUAAUUCCUAUCGUUCGAAGGUGGACACACAGGUGGACUUUCCGAUGGAAUCUCUCGAUAUGUCGACGUUCACCGUGCGCGGCGUUACAGGCAUAAAGUUGGGCACUCAAAACAGUCAUCUUUACGAUUUGGCCGCCGUAAUCGUUCAUCAUGGUUCAGGUGCCGGGACAGGACAUUACACCGCUUUUGCCGUGCACGACGGUCAGUGGUUCCACUUCAACGACAGUUCGGUGCGUCCAGCGAGCACCGACGCAGUCGCAAAGUGCAAGCCUUACAUUCUAUUUUACGUACGAAAGGAGUUCUCCAUUCCGCCACCGUUGUGACAUAAUUUAACCGAGAAAUCUCGUACCGGUGACACGAGUCUCGACGAAGAAACGCGAACGCACGAGCAACGAACGGACGUGCUCGACGACGAGGAGGCCCGUGACCGAUGAACACCACCCGGGCGAUCGAACGUCGACGAAAAUUAACCGAGGAAUCCGAAACGGAGUGUCAGCUCUAAGAAGGAAACGGAGACGUCCAUUAUUCACCCGACUCUUACGAAUUUAUUCGAGCUUUAACACGGAAAAAAAGCAUCUCUCGGUCUCGUAUCUCGUCGUCUUGAUCAAUCUCCCUUUCGACGAACCACAAAUAAAUAACGCAAGGUGAAAACUCGCAAAUAGAAACUCGUCGGUCGUCGUAAUCUCGUCGUUAAGAGUGAUGAAACCGCGUACAACGAGUUAGAUGAUUAAAAUUGGAAGUUUCCUCGUCGUGUAGGUUGUCGUCGUGACGUUGUUAUUAGCGCGUACGAACGGCCACACCCGUACGAGAACUAAUUAGCACGGCGUGCGGACGCAUCGUUUCGACGACGCGAGAGUUCGUACGCGUUAAUACAAAAUAUAAGAUAGCCGCUAUUUCCAAAUUAUUGUGCCAGGUUUUACUGUACUCUAUCCUUCUUCUAUAUCUCGAAUCUAUAGCGCAUUUGAACUCGCCACAAGAAAGAGAGGGAGGGAGGGAGUGAGAGAGAGAGGGGAGGGGGAGAGAAAGAAGGAAGGAAAGAAGACAAAGUUUCGUCGUUCUCGAAACUACGUAAAUUCUCGUAAUAUCAUAGUCGCUCAAAUAUAUCGCGCACGUACGUACGUAGACGAAUGCAUAGCAGGCCGAUCGAUACGCCUGCGCCUGCGGUGGAUGAUGCGCAACCCUCCCCUUCAAAAAAAAGAAAAGAAAAAGAAAAGAAAAAAGAGAGAGAGAGAGAGAGAGAGAGGAAAAUAAAGGAAAAAGACAGACGGAAGAAGUUGAAUAUGAGGAAGAAAAAAAUAUUAACGAUAGGACGCGUGCGUUUCAGAAGCAUAAAAAAUCCGUACCUGUGUAAUAUAUGUAUAAUCCUAUGAUGUAACAUCGUUUUACGGCUAACGUUCAUUGUUCAUCCGACGAGUACGAAUUUGCGAUCGAUCGAAACGUAAUUGUAACGUUACGAGCGGCCAGGGAAGCCUCUCCUUUCCUUUCUCAGGGACGUCGAAGGAAGAAAAACUCAAGACGGAUCAGCGGGAUCGCAUUCCCUUUAGCGUCGAUUUUCUUACUUUAUGCCAGGGAUCUUUGCGGUCGUCGACCGUCGUCUUGGGUUGGAUCUAUUCGAUCGAAUCCGAUUGUCGAGAUCUAGUUGUUUGCACGUUUGCGAUUAUAUUCUCGAUCUAUCGAGAUCGAUGGUUCUCGAUCGAUAGAUAAAAAUCUCUUUCGCAGACUUUAGAGCUGUUAUUUCGUAAGAGACUUUUUCGAUGCAUAAAUAGGAUCAGCCAUUUAACCGGCUGUCGAAUAAAAACGGCACGUUAUUCGAAAUUUUUCUUAACCGAUGCGAAUUUUCUAUUCAGCCAUAUUAAAUAUACGUAUAGACACACACACACGCGCGCGCGCGCGCGCGCACGCGACGCAUUUACACGUACGCAUUCGAAACGCCUUGUACGUAUGUUUCCUAACUUUUUCCUUCUACCUACCUUUUUGAUCCUUUCGAUUCCUCGCGCUUUUCCUCGCCUAUCCCUUCGAAUCCUCCACGUCCGCGACCACCAUCUCCCUCUCUAUUUUCCAAUCCAUCCCCUUAAAAGGCUCGACGACUCUUAUGUGAUUAUUUAAAGACUUAUUUUUUCUAUAACGAUAACGAUAAUAACGAUAAUAAGUUAAAAGCGUAGCGAAGAAACGUUUUAUUAAGGCGAUAACUCGAUAAUGCGCAUUCUUCGGGAAAGACUCUCACGUAUGAAACAUGGGUUGGAAGAAGUCAAGCGUGUAACAAUAUUAUUGAGAACAAAUGAGACAUGUACGAACGACGAAUAAAUAAAAAAUAACAAGGAGGAACGACGA